AUGUCGGGCGGCUUUAUCCGCGAGGCCGUUCUCUCGCACUGCCAGCCGCACGUGCCGGAAUUGUCGUCUUCUGACGGCGCUGCCACCCCGCUCCCCGCCGUCCCCUUCCUCCUCUCCUCCAACUCCGUCAUUCGCGGCAAAUGGCGCUACCAAGACUCUCCCGCCGCCGCCGCCGCCGCCGCCGUCGCCGUCGCCGUCGCCGACGGAAACGACACUUCAUCGUCGCCGGCAGCAGCAGACGGCUCGGCGGCAGGAUCAGCCGGCCAGCCGGCAGUCCGGCACAAGGUCCUGACGACCGACUCGGGCGCGUUCGAUUUCUGGACGGAGCACGUGGUUCCGACGGAAAACGGCACGCUGGACGUGGGCGCGCUCGUUUAUAUCACAUCGCAGACGGAAUGGGCGGAGAGUUACAUGGGGACGGUGGUGGUGCGCGCGGAGGGGUAUUUUUCGAUGCGCGCGGGGGUGCUGUGCAUGGUGGGGUGCCAGAGCCGGUUGGGGGGAGGCGGGGGGGGAGGGGAGGGGGAGGAGUCCGCGGAGGCGGAAGAUCCGUACGCGGAUCCGCGGAGGUGCAACAUGCUGAUUGUGUUGAAAUUCAAGGCGAAGAACGAGGCGAAGAACGAGGUAUGUGAUGUGCGUGGUGGGUCGCGAUGCCUGGUGGUGAGAUGCGGUGCUAGGCGGAGUGGCGGAAGAACGCCCAAGAGCAGGCGGAGGAGCGCCUGGAGCGGAUUGCAGUGUGGCUUCCUGAGGGCUUCGCCUGGUAUUCUCCCUCCCCCUUGCCCCUCCAUCUCUCUAUGUCUCUUUCCGCCCAUUCCCCCCCCACACCGCCAGGCGGAGUGGCGGAAGAACGCCCAGGAGCAAGCAGUGGAGCGGUUGGAGCGGAUCGCAGUGGCCAAGUUCGGGGUCAACGGGGAGGGGCAGAGCAACGCCGCUGCUGCUGCUGCUGCUGCUGCUGGCAGCAACGGUGGAGGGGAAGGAGGACAGGGAGAAGCAGGAGCAGCAGGAGGAGGAGCAGGAGCAGCAGCGGCGGCAGGAGCAGCGGCAGGAGUGGGGGUGAUAGACCCACACACUCUGAAGGAACGCACGGAUAUCACAAAGGCGGAUCUGCUGGACGAGUUGGGAUCCGAGGUGGAUGAUACUAGCAUUGUCGCUGACGUGCUUGUAAUGGAGGGCACUGUAACGAGUACAAUACCCGCGGAGCAGGCGGGGGAGGGGAGUGAGUUCUUUGGGCCGCUGACGGUGGCGGGGGAGACGGAAUCACUCACACAGCAGGCAGAGCUCUUCGACUGGGACAUGGUCGUCUCUGCUGUGCUCUCCGCCUUCCAAGCACUGGCAGUGUUUUCUCAGGUCUUACAUGUCCGUUCACACCCCCACGCGCACUUCACCUCGCUCACAAUGAUUGCAACCCAGAUCAUCGUAUUCGCUUCCUUCUGGCUGCGAGACCUCUACUACCCGCUCUCCUUCCUCUCCUCAGACGUCCUCUCCUACCUCCUCACGCAACUCGCCACCCUCCCCCACGCCAUCGAGUUCCUCACCCUCCUCCUCUACGUCCUCCUCUUUGUCUCUGUCGAAAGGAAGCGGAAACGGGCCGCAUCCGCGUAUGCAGCAGCAGCUAGCGGUCUCCCUGUUAGCCCCUCUUCCUCCGCUGCUAUUUACGCCUCUCGGCCCGCCUUCUCGCCCUCCUCCCCCUCUUCCGCCUCCUCCCGCUCCCCUUCCUCCUCCUCCUCCUCCUUUUCCAUCUCUUCUGCUUCCUCUCAUCCCGGCCGAACUGCACCGAAAAGCACUCCACCUAGAAUCACCGCUCCUCCGGGUGAAACCUUUGGAACCCACACCACCACCACGCACCACUCACAGCAGCAGCCGGUGCAGUUGCUACCUCCCCCGAGUGACGCCUACGUGGCGCUGACGAUCAUGGGCAUGGUGGGGGUGGGCGGCGGCAUUCUCUACGUGUGGGACGCUACAGACGUGCUGCUACAGCUCGCCCACUUCCUCUUCCUGCUGCCGCAGUCCAUCGCCUUUGCCAUCUGGCAACCCCCACUCGCUGCCUGCCGUGGUGUGACCCUCAAGUUUGCUGUCGGCAACUGGGCCGCUCAGUCCAUCUGGCUUCUCUUUCACUGCUGGCUCCCUCGACUACUCGAGUACGACGCACUCUUCCCCUUCCCCACGCCUGCUAACUCUAGUCCCCCCUCCCCUCCCCCUGCGCAUGCCACUCUUUCUCCCUUUUCUCCCAGUCCAUCUGGCUUGUCUUUGACUGCUGGCAGCCCAGGUUGCUCGGAUACGACGCGCUCUUCCCCUUCCCCCACGCCUACUAACUCUACCCCCCACCCCAACCCCCCUCUCCCCCGGCGCAUGCCACUCUUUCUCUUUCCCCCCCAGUCCAUCUGGCUUGUAUUUGACUGCUGGCGGCCCCGCCUCCUCGGAUACGACGCGCUCUUCCCCUUCCCCCACGCCUACUUCUGGCCCUUCUUCAUCAUCAUGACGUGGCACCUAGCUGUCUUCCUCACGCAGUGGAAGUUCGGACCCCUGUGUGUGACAAACACCUCGUUACACGGUUACGCGGCUGUCCCGUCGUCCAACGCGGAGGUAGACGGGGUGGGCAAUGGAGCGGUGUAG